AUGAUUCGGCGCCUCAAUGUGCUUAGGAAGACUGCUUCCAGCUGUGCUUCUUUGACUUUUUCCACAGGUGACAAUCCGUACAUUCGAGUUCUGAGGAUGCUGCAGUCGGAUGGAGAGGGCCCACCAGCCGCAUGGCAUGUUUUUGAAGAGUUUCGUACAUAUUACCGACAAGUUACCUCCGGCACUUCCAUAGCAACGGUGGAUAUGAAGCCGCUCCAGAGUUUUUGUGGUUCUUUUGAUGAUACAGAACCUUUUGCGGUUGUCAUGAUGAAGAUACUUUGCGAUCUUCAUAAGCUUGAGGAACUGCGCUUUUUAUUUGCUCAGUGCAUGUUGGAACUUUCUUCCCCAUCUGUGGAACUGUUUAACGUAUACCUGUUGGCCAUUUCCCUUAGUGAUACCUUCAAUCAGUAUGAGGUUGAAAACGCCAUAGAGGCAAUGCGUAUGAAAGGUGCUGAACCUGAUGUAGUAACGAAGAUUUCUCUCUUCAUCGUAUACACGCGACUCGGAGAGGACUAUUCCUCCUGGUGGCCUUCCAUUCAUGAGGAUACUAAGAGCAUCAUCACAUCGGGGAAGAACUGGCAGCAAAAGUUUCCCUUAUUGUCAAUACGCCUUCAACAUUGCUUUCAAACUCUCCUCCGUGUCCACCACGACGUCACUAUGGUUCAGGAAUGUUUUGAGUUACUGCGGCUUGCGGACCGUGAGAAAAUGUCUCCCCGCUUGCUUCUUCCCUAUAUGUUGCUCAGCACAAAUAAUGUGGCGUCACCACCCUCAAUUGCUGUCCAGUUGAUUGCAGCAGCGGAAGGCGCUUCCGAGCAGGAGGUUGCCGAAGCCAGCGCCGAUAUCGGUGUCAAUGCCUUUGAGGAAAGUUCUUCGAUCCUUCAGGAAGCAAAGGGUGGACCUGUGCUGAAUAAUGAUGUUACUGCAUUGAAACUUAUGGCGAAAUGUGCCAAAUGGGGCGAUGUGGCUUCUGCUGAUUACGUAUUGAAGUAUCUUCGCGCUCAUCCAUGCAUUAUUCCUCCUCAGCACAAGUUUGCACUGGCGCUCCUUCACCUGGAGACGUUAGUGCGGGCCGGGUUACUGAAGGAGGCGUUGUAUUUAUUAGAGGAUGAGAUUCCGGAAUCUGACUCCAUCCCAGGUUCGAGACCCAAACUCUUCUUAGAGACGAGGCGGUUGACUUUACUUAACGCACAUCCAGUUAUGUCGCUUGUGCGUUUUAUUGCGGAAGUGGACUCCAGGGUUGAGGAGUCGUUGUUGUUGUUGGAGGAGCGCAAAGCUGCGGGUGGGAAUGUGAGUCAUAAAACACUUAAUGUUGUGCUUGAAGCGUGUGCAUUAAUGAAAGACGAACAGAAGGCAUCACUGGUCUUAUUUACUUUCCGAAACGUUGCUGUGCGAGAGACAGCACGCACGUUUACUUUACUACUGUCAACCUCCCCCAAUGCUGUAAGUGCUGUGAAGAAGAUACCAACAUUUCUGGAGGACAUGGUAGAUUUGGGUGUUGAAGUGACAGCGGAAUUUCUUCGUGGUGGCCUUGAGUUGGCAGUUGAUGCUCAGGAUGUUUCAACCGCGAUGAUGUUGGUUGAGUACCACAGGCAGAGAAGCGUUUCUAUCGAAAGCAGAUUAUCUGUUCGUCUUUUCAAGAUGCUUUGUCUCGUUGUCGACAUUGGGAGUGUACGGCAACUUGUUGCGGUGCUUCGCGCAACACAGUCCCCUGUUGACCCUCGUUGUCUUUCGUUGUGCAUAGCAUCGUUUAGGAAAUGGGACAUUCCCUGUGACGACUUGAAGGGAGUAUCAACAAGCGGUUCUACAGGUUAG